CCAACCACCGCCCAUAAUGCCUCCGGGCACCAAAACAUCGGAUUCGUCCAUUCGGAUUCCUUUAUUUAAACUCCGCGUCGGCAGGAAACCCUUGUCCCGCUUCUCUCAUCAUUUUGCCUCGAUUCUGUCGUUCGCGAGGAGGAGCGAUGUCUAGGGUUUUUGGAGGUUGCCGGGCUCUGAUGGGGGCGGCCAGGGCCGGGACGAAGGCGGCGGCCGCCCCUUCGGCGGGCACGUCGGCGGCGAAGCCCAGGAACACCACGGGCAUCCUGAAGCCGCUGCCUGUCUCCCCGGCCAUGAGGAAGUUCGUCGGCGCCCCGGAGAUCUCCCGUGCCGAGGCCGUCAAGAAGAUAUGGGAUCACAUCAAGCUCAACCAGCUCCAGCACGCUACCUUUGGAGUAGUGAGAUUCCGGAGAGAUUUUGAAGUUGGUGCAGCACCCUGCAUGGACCCUGCAUGGCACCUUAGAUUGAAAACUUGGCCAGUAGGAAUGGAUUCAAGGGAACCCAACUAACAAAAGGGAGAUUCACUGUGAUGAGAAACUGAAGAUCAUAUUUGAUGGGAGAGACAAAGUGGGGAUGUUGGAGAUUGCAAAAUUGAUUGCCCCCCAUUUUCUGAAAUCUAGCUGAACUAUCAGAAACAAUGUGUAGUUGUUCUUUUGUGAUCUAUGUCCAGGCCGUUCCAACAGUCAAUGCGGUCUUAUAAAAUUUGGACUUCUUGUAACCAGGAUUUAGUUGAAUUCACUACCAUUUAUGUACAAAUUUGGCAUCUUAUGUGUGUCUUUUCUCUGUCUAAAUAUUAUGAUUCCAACUUUGGUUUA